AUGGGAAUUGAUUUCAAUACUAGAAAUCUCACGCAAGUAUUGCGAGGCAAUUUGUUUGAGCAACUAAAUGCUUGCACAUCCUCAGAACCUAUAGUUCUUCUGAUUCAGCCAUCAUUACUACCAUUAGUAAAUUGUGUUAGUUCCUUUAGUCACUUAAUACAGAAAACAAGAGUUAAUCUAAUUGUCACUUUAGAUGAGGAGUCUACUAUACACUUACGGGGUGUUGAUUUAAGUCUAUCGAAAUUAGUUGCACUAAUUGAUGUUAGAACUGAUUUAAUAGUACCUGAGAGCUUGGGCGGUACGCUUCAAGAAUUAGAGCUAACAGUGAUAGAUUUAGUUUACGCGACGUGGAAUAAUUUAAGGGAGAAUAGUGAAGCGGUUAUUUUCCCAAAUCAUAUCCAGCUACAAUUACCGGAUGUUUCAAUUAACCUUCAUCCCUGGUAUAUGCUUCCAAUAUGUCAUCUAGAUGAUAAUCUUCUGAAUUGCAAUACUUUAUACACUUCAGAUAAUCAGAAUCUUUACUACCCGAAAACAGCAUCGCUUGCAGAGACAACUAGAACUGUUCUAGUCAGUCAUAUGGUGCAAAGUCUAGCUUCAAUUUGCGAAGAAAGUGAUAUUACAAUUACGCAUUCUAUUUCUCUUGGACCACACUCUAAGAAGGUAGUCGAACAGUUACGUGAUCAGUUGUUAAGCACGGAAACAUAUGACGCGCAGUUUCAGAGGGAGAUGUUGUACGGGAAAAAGCAUAGUGGACUACAAACUAAUCUUAUAGUAAUAGAAAGAUCAAUUGAUCCUGUAACACCACUGCUUUCGCAAUUAACGUAUUCAGGUACUCUUAACGAUAUAUUUGGGUUCUCUUUGGAUACGAAGCUUAAGGAGCUGAAGAAUAAUGACAUUUUAGAGGAAUCAGCUAAAAAUACCGAGAUUUCUCUCGAUUAUACCCUAGAUAAUGUUUGGAAUGAGCUGAAAUUUAUCAAUUUUGGUGCAGUAGGUACCAAGCUUAACAAUUGGGCCAAGGAAUUAAAAGAACAGUAUGAUUCAAGGCAUCAAGUGGAGACUGUAGGCGAAAUAAAGCAGUUUGUGGAUAGCUUGGGUGAGCUUCAAAAUAGACAGAGGCUACUCAAAUUACAUACGGGGAUAUCCAGCAAAAUUAUGGAAAUGGUUAAUGAACAAGAUAACUUCCAGAAUCUACUGGAUAUCGAACAAAACUUUUGCAUGAAUAACUUCGACAACAAAGUAAGUUAUGAGAAGAUUUUAGAUUUAAUGUAUUCUAAUGCACCACAGGAUGUUGUGCUAAGACUGUGUUGCUUAUUAUCCAUUACCAAGAAUGGAAUUAGGGACAAGGAUUAUCUCACGUUGAAAACAGAAAUCUCAGACACUUUUGGAGUGCAAGCUUUGAUUCAAUUAGAGCGCUUACGCUCAUAUGGCUAUUUUCUUAAUAAAACUGUAUUCACAGAACUCACUCCAAUUAAAGACUUCCAUACCUUAAGCUCCUGGUAUGAUAUGUAUCCUCAACUAGACAAAACAAUUGACCCCCUAAAUCCCAAGGAACCGACUUUUUCCUUGUGUGGUAUCAUUCCUUUAAGUGUUCGGCUAAUAGAAAGCAUGUAUGAUAGGUCGGUUUCAUUGAAACACUACUCAUCCCAGCAACCAUUCGUCAUAUCCCGAACCCCUUCAUUAGCAAAGUUGGAGCAGCUAUUUGAGUCUCAAUUCGGCAAACAAACUAUCUCAGAACUUGUGUGGGACCAAUCGGCAGAAAGUAAGACAAGAAUCAUUGGUUCACCUGACAGGGAAGUUGACUUAGUACUCCUUGUGUACCUCGGAGGUGUGACACUGUCUGAGGUUGCUACAAUAAAAUUCAUUCAGGAAACACUACGCUCCAAAAACAUCAAUAAGAGGUUCGUUAUUAUUACUGACGGUCUAAUAAGCUCUAAAACAAUUCCUCAGCUAUAA